AAACUUUUUAAUCUCUGACAAAUAAUUAAUCUUUCAAAAUUGUCAGCAGUUUCAAAUUUCAAACUAAAUUUUUAUAUAUAUAUAUUUGCUGAUAUUUGUGCUGUGUCAAAAGGUUACUCGUCAGCAUGAGGUACAGAAGAGUUUUUAAGCACAAGAUGUUGAAAUACUGUGGAAUUAUUUAUUAAUUUGUAUUGAUUUAGAAAAUAUUGUGGCACAAAAUCUUUUGCUGUUUUCACAGAGAUUUGUUUUUCAGGAGUCCUCUGGAAAGAUAUUCCUAUGCAUUGGCAUAAAUCUUUUAAUCUGCAGACAUGCUUUCUAUGAAAGGGACAAAAUUUUGCUGCAAGUAUUUGCUUUAUUUCUUGUUUCCUUUUCUAGUUUACACCAAGUGGUACUUCUCAGCUUGACUCUUCUCUCCAUCUUUGUUGGUGUUACUGAAUAAGAAAAUUCUGAGAAAACAGUAAAAUUUCUUUUUACCUCUUGUCUGACCAAUGGGAUUCCUUAAAAUUUGAGUCUGGCUUUCUGAAUUUUGGAGGGUAUUGCAUUUGUUUCUAGCUAAGACAGCUUUUGGCUGCUUUAUGGUUUCUGGAAGAAUUUGCUGAGUUCUGCAGACUUAUUGCUUCACCUUCAGUUCUCCACAUUAACUGAAAAAUAGUCGCAGCUCACAUUGGCCUGGAGAAAACUAUGGUGUUCAGUAGAGAGUGGCUUACAGCGCUUUUUAUCCUUCAGCUUAGUUUCCUGUUGCUCCUUUAAUUUCUUUUGUUUGUUAGUGUCCAUAUCUAUGGUCAGCAUUCAUGAGUGCAUGGAGCUGAGGUGCUGUGUGAGCUGUCUGCAUCCCAAGCCUCUUCUUCUACACAAUGGGAGGCAGCAAGAUGUGCUGUCAUUCACAGCUCCAGAGCGGAUCAGCUCCUUUCCCAUCUGGCUUUGAAAGGCAGAAAAGCUUCACCCAGGUAGAGGUGCCUCUGGACAAGAAGUGAGUGAAGGCUUCUGGUGGUUAAUGGUUAACAUGGGACCUAUUUGUUGCAAAGCUCUUAUAGGCACAAAAAAAUGUUGUAUUGAAAGGUAUCUACGUAAAAAUCAUGCAGACAGAGGUGUCUAAUCAAAACAUUACCAGAAGCUGCCAUUUGGCAGCACCAUGAGAUGAAACCUGGCAACGUUAAUCCUCAAAGAGCAGACAGUAAAUCCCUAUCAGUGAUCCAAGCGUCCAAGGGACUGGCUUUGAGUAGAGCUGCUUUGCUCCUGGCUGCGUGACAGGGAAACAGCGGCAGUGCGCGCAGGGACAGGGUGACAUGCCAAAGCGCAAGCUGCAAACACAUGCACAGGAGGUCUGUGCCCUGGGAAACUCCUCUGGGUUUAGAGGCUACCUUUCAACCAGGUUGCAGUUCUUUACCCCUCUUCCUCUUGAAAACAGGGGCCGUUGCAGUGUUUUGAUGCUUUCUGUUUGGCUUUGUAGCUGCUUAAGAAGCUGUCUGGGAAGACAAGUGUGUGUAUCUGUGUAGUAGGGGCCAACUCCAAGAGGAUGGUCUCUAGUAAUGAAGCAUCGUAUCUGCCCAGCUAGGUGAGAGCUGGGCAGGUUUGCUAUGACAUAACUCUUUGCGGGGGUUGGGGAAGAGAGUAGGGGAGAGAGAGAGAAGUGGAGUCUGCAGCACCCUGGCAGUGCUAUCAGACACAGGAUCUGGCAGCUUUGGGGGAAGCUCCCAGCUCUCCACUCCACUGCUUAGAGCAUCCUGGAUCUCCAGCUCAAAGGGGAGAGAGAGCCAGCAGCAGCAAUCAUGGCAACGUCAAAUGGUUUUAUUUCUUCGUGACCUCUCUCUUCUCCUCUCUCUCAACAAUAAUCCACCUGAGGGCUUUUUUUUUUUUUUUUUUUUUCUCUCUUUCCUCACUCCCCACUCCUCUUUCUCACUCUUUUUUUUUUUUUGAUGAGGAGAGAGGAGAAAAGGGAGCACUGGAAAGUGUUUAUUUUGUUCGGCAGUUUUUUGCGGCAUGUUUUAAAGAGCUCAUGAAAGGACCCAGGUAAAGGAAGAACGCACGAAGUGGUGGCUGAGGGGGGAGGAGGAGGAGAAGAAGGAGACGAAAAAAAAAGAAGGACUCGGAGGGAAGAAUCUGGAGGAAGGAAGACAGACUUUCAGCGCGGCGUUGCCGGGAGGUGCGGGUGUGUGUCUGUGCGUGUGUGUGUGUGAGCGGGGGGAGCGGCUGCCGCUGCUGCCGGCGGUGCCUCCCGCUGGUGCGCGGCGCGGUGGCCGGAGCGGGGCGCGGAGCGGCGGCGCGGGCGGCCGCGGGUGCGGACCAUGGGCUGGCGGCUGCUGCCCGCCGUCCUGCUGGCCCUGGCGCUGGGCGGCCCCGCGGCGCGGGCGCAGAACGACACGGAGCCCAUCGUCCUGGAGGGCAAGUGCCUGGUGGUUUGCGACUCCAACCCGGCUACCGACGCCAAGGGCUCGUCCUCCUCCCCGCUGGGAAUCUCCGUGCGGGCGGCCAACUCCAAGGUCGCCUUCUCGGCCGUGAGGAGCACCAACCACGAGCCCUCCGAGAUGAGCAACAAGACGCGCAUCAUCUACUUCGACCAGAUCCUAGUAAAUGUGGGGAAUUUUUUCACGUUGGAGUCUGUCUUUGUAGCACCAAGAAAAGGAAUUUACAGUUUCAGUUUUCACGUAAUUAAAGUCUAUCAGAGUCAAACAAUUCAGGUUAAUUUGAUGCUAAAUGGAAAGCCAGUUAUUUCUGCUUUUGCUGGGGACAAGGACGUCACACGUGAAGCUGCCACUAAUGGAGUCCUGCUCUAUCUAGACAAGGAGGAUAAGGUUUACCUGAAGUUGGAGAAAGGUAAUCUGGUCGGUGGAUGGCAGUAUUCUACGUUUUCUGGCUUUCUGGUCUUUCCCCUGUAAAGUCAAUUUUCCUGUGACAUUCAUCCAGGUGUGGACUCAUCAUUGCCUCUGUUACACGAAGAUCAUUAUAUCAUCACGGGAUUGAUGUUUCUUUAUUGGUUUUUCAUGGGUGAAUAUGGAUUCUCUUUAUGGAUUUUGGCUCCAUCUGAACUACUCAGAAGUUUCACAGAAUUUUGUGUGUUUAAAUACAAUAUAUUUGGAUUGAGACUAAACAGACAAUAAAUAUCUAUGCUUAAUGUCACAGUCUAAAGCUGCCUGCAAGAUUUAUUCAGAUUUCAUUUACUGGACUUACUGGAUUCGUGAGAGAUGUGGAUUUUCUUUAAUUAUGAAAAGACUGGCAACCAGGUCUAUAAUUUAAGAGAGUUUGAGUUCAGACUUCAAUCAAGAGUUAAUGUGUUGCUGCCAAAGAACUGUAUAUUGAUAUACUGGUCAUACAUGUUUUUGUCAUUGGGACUUAACUGACAUGAUCUGUUCCAUUGUCUUGAGAAAGGUAAUUAUUAUUGAUAAGUGGUUGACUUUGAUUCUCCUCUGCGUGUAGUGUGUUGGAUGGUUCACCCAUAUAUUUAUGCUCUGUCACCGGUCACAAUCAAGUCUAGCCUCCAUCAAGCUAAGAGGUUAUGGUUGCAUUUUAGUUGGAUAUGUAAGGUGUUCCUCUUUCCCACGUGCUGUUUUCUAAAAGGAAGAGCAGAGUAUGACCAUGAAGAGAAAUAUUAUUACCAGGGUUAAAGGUGAUCAUUCAGGCAUAACCCUGCAAAACAGCUGAAGGAAAUCUAGCACUUGUUCUUCAAUUUUAAUUAACAUGAUUGAUAAUAACUGCUUUAUUAAAAACCUAAGGGAUUCCUUCCUUAGACACAACCACUUCAUUAGCUGGAGAUGAGAUUCCCCUGUUUGUAAUUGUGUCUAUUUUUCAAACCUUCUGUUGUGUUAAAGGUAUCAUCUGGUUUUGCCUUAACUCCACAACUGUAUAUAAUUUUAGAUCUUACGUUUAACUAAUACUAAAUCCAAACAGCCGGUACCUAACUUGGUGCAAUAUCUUUUCGGCUUUUUGUACAGGUCAUAUGAAUUCAUAAACUUAUUUAUUAUAUCAUUGUUACAUAAUAAAGAUUAACAUAUGUUAGCUGAAUUUUUGACCUUUGGAUUUUGGAAGUCACUCCAUGCUAUUUUUUUAUUGGAUGUAAUUAUUAUAUGCAGAGUGUAAGCUUUUGGUCCUAGAGGUAAUCAGAAUGAUCUAAAGAUAACCUAUGCAUUUUAUUUAAAAAAAACAUUUAGACAGAAAUCCUGGCUUCACUGAAGUUAGUGUUAAGAAUCACAUUGAUUCCAAAGGAUUUUGGAUGAAACCAGUGCUUUAGGUUUUGCCAUCAGCAUUAAACUCCAGUGCAAUCAAACUGAAUAUCAGUUAAAAAUUAUUUUCACAUAAACUGCUAAUGAAACCUUCAUCCCUCAUGCCCAAAUUAUACACUGAAUUGGAUGGGUCUUUGUGCCUUGCAUAUCAUGAAGGAUAUGGUUCUAAAUUAAAAAAAUACUCCACACUUUAGAAUGUUUCUAGAUGGAAGCAUAUCCAGCAAUCUGGGUUUCUCGAAAAGCCAGUUUAGGCUUGGAAUUGCUGUUUUAGGUAAUCUAAAAUUAACGAUCUUCACUUGUUAGCCACGUGCAGUGUAUCACAUUGCUCUAAGUGCUGUAAAUGGAUUUCAGUGAUUUAAAGUCUUGGGCAUGGCUCCUGAUAAAGAUGUCAGGGAACCAGCGGCACAGAAUUGUGCUCUAAUUCCAUAUUUGUCUGGACUCAACAUAUAGGAGUUUUUGAGGAAUUUCAGGAGGGAAGGUGGGUAUGUUUGCACUCCUAUGAUGUAAGUUAGAUGAGAAGGGCAUUUAUUAGAUAUAGUGUUGUUUCUGUUUAGUUUGGGAGGAAGUGGAAAGUCAUGGCAAGAAGCAAAUGAGUUACAUAGCUGAAAAAUAAGAAAAAGUUUUCCAUUAAGACUAAUCAAAAUGUAUCACCACUGUACUCCAAAAACGUGUGUGUGUGUAUAUAUGCGUGUAUCUCACCUGCCCCUGGGAUUGUAGCACAUAAUAUGCAUGAUGUUAUAAAAAAGUUAUUUGUCAUAAGAGUUUAUUUCGGAGAGGAAUAUCAGUAUUUUGUAUAAAAUUGGUAAAAUCUGAAAGCUCACCUUACCCAUGAAUAUAUAUUUAAUGUAAAGGAAAUGUUCCUAUAUAAACAGAAGAAAAAUAACAUUAAAGGUGUCACUAUACUUUUCAGACUGAUCAAAUGUAUCUAACUUCUUUAGUUUGUAAACAUAUGAUUUUUUAAAAGCUGCCUUGAGCAUUCAGCAAUAAUACUGAACUAUCUUAAUAUGCUGUUGAUUUCCCCUUGGCAAAACAUUUCUGAUUGCUUCAGAGUCGUUAACAGUUAUUUAAACUUUAACUAGAGAGUCUAGGAAGUUAUUCAAUUAAAGAGAGACAUUCUGAAGGAAAUGUCCUAAAUUUUUAUUCUCCACCUCUAAAACCAGAAUUACUAAUUAUUUUGCUGGUUAAAGGGAAAAAAGUUUCGGAGAAGUCACCUUAGAGCAGCUUGUGUUAUCUACAGCCACCGCUGAGCACCCACUCUGCUCAGCUGGACAACUGGCACACCCGUUCUCUCAGCUCACAUUUUAAAUGAUUUGAUAAGAAAAAAAAUGUGGUUUCUUAAACUACAAUUUGAGCUGCUUUCCAGACCUGGAGCUUGUUUUCAUUGUGUUGUCCCACACUUCAGUUAUGUCAAAAGAGUUUCCUCCAGAAAGGUGUUCUGAGUAGAAAAGGUAACCUAGAUAGAGCUGGGACUGCAAACCGGACUGCGGAGCCAAAAAUGAUACUGAAAAUGCACCAUUCAAAAGAGCCUGGGCUAUGGAAGGGUUUUUGGAAAAGGCACUGAGGUAGCUUUGGAAAUUUCACAAGCAGUUUUGUGUUUCCUUAAAAAGGAAAUGCUGACUUUUGUUUUGUGUUGUGUCAUUUUCUAGUGUCUGAGUCUUAAUUAAAUCACUUUUGCCAAGUCAUGGUAGAGUGAGUAUUGCAACCUCAGUGUUACUACUGAGAAAAUAGAGCCAGGGCUAGGAAAUGAGCAACGCCAAUCCGAGUACCAACAGGCGUCCUGUUCAGUUUGCUGGAUUGCUCCUUUUUCUCAUACAACACAUUUUUUUAAAGACAAAAUAUGGGUUUGGAAUGAAUGGCAUAUUGCUAUCUUAGUCCAUAUUAUUUAGAUGUCUAUUUCUAGAAAGAUGAAUACAGUGAAACAGAAUAUUUUAAAAUGACCUGAGAAACUCACAAUUAGCUCUCUCUGUUUUUAUGUUAUUUUAUUUUUUGUGCAAGCCCCCAAAGGAACACAUCUUCAGUAUGUAUAGUAUUUUUACAAGCAGCUUUUAGGAUAGAGAAGAUAAAUGCAAGAAGCAGUAUGUCAUAAUCACAACCAGGAAGCCGAACUAUUAACAUGAAAUAUGUGCUGAAGCAGAGAAGCAGAUAUAUGUUCUCCUCCUUUUAUAAGGGUUUCUGAGCUGGUAACGUGUUUUACCUUAACAAUUCAUUACAGUUGCCCUUCAUAUUUUAAGAGCUCUUUUUAUAUAUAUUCAAACUCUUUGCUUUCUAAAGACAGUGUUAACCAGAUGACUCAAUGUAAAUAAAUUAAGAUCCCCAGUGACAGAAUUUAUUGGCUGGCACAUGCCACAACAACAUAUUUUUUGUGCUAUUGCUGUCCAGAUGGAAAAGACUCCUUUGAGAAAAGGCAUUUUCUUAGACACUGAGCUAAAGUUAUUUAUCUGUUGCUGGUUAGGAACAGGAUGGGAAAAACAACUUCCUACCCUAGAGCACUAAGGGGAAUGCAUAGAAAGAAUAAUGAUAAAAAUCAGUCAUUGUUAUAUAAGUGAUGAUGAGAAUAAUGGAAACGUGUCUUGAAUAGUCUGUUUAGUGAAAGCUGUGAUCUAAGGCAUUUGAUGGAAGCAAUCACUAUUUUAAUCUCCACAGUUUGGGGGAAGGGAAAAUGCCAGUUGCAUCAUUUUUAACAAGUUCUUUUCCCUUUAUUUCUUCUACCUUUUGGUUCUGCUUAGCUGAAAAAAAAAAAAAAUUGAUCAGAAAUUCUAGGAAAAUCAUUCUAUGAUUCUAUGAGGUGAUCUAAGAAAAGUUCAUUUCUGAAGAGGGAUGGAGAACUUUUUCUUUGGUUGGGUUUUGUUUUGUUUUGUUUUUGUAUCUGAUGUGAGGGGGGAAAAACUAGCAGGAGAGGGAGAGAAAAUGACAAACUUGAGUUCAUCUAAAUACAUUCUUGACCUAUUGUCCAGUUCAGUGAAUUGCCUAAGUAUGUUCUGCUUAUAUGCAUAAUACUUUUCUACAAUGCAUGAUGCUGACCCAUCCUGUUAAGGCCACCAUGUUGUAAUUUGAUGGCUUUUAAUCCUGCUGGAGGAAACUAGAUGUAGAAGUGUAGUGCAGAGCACUGGAGAUCGGCAAAUAAAACAGCUUUAUCUCUG